AUGCCUUUGCUGCGAUGCAUCUUUGAUGACAAUGAGCGUCUUCACCGUUGGACCUCAGGGUCUGUUCCAGAGUCUCAGACUGUGGAGGUCCAGCCUGGUGAAAACAUCACAUUGUCGUGUAUUAAUAAGGUUGGACAUACCACUGUAACAGAAUGGUUCAGAGUGACCAACAGAACCAAGGCCAGAUGUAUCUCCUAUAUGUUUGGCCAUGCUGGUACAGCUUCAUUCUGCGAUGGAUUUGGAAAGGAGAAAUAUGAGAUGAUGGUAAACCCCUCCAAGAUCUUUCUUCAUAUCAAGGAUUUGGAUUUCUCUGACUCGGGGCUGUACUUCUGUGGAUUUUAUUUGCGCACACAUGCAGUCAUUUCAGAGACGACAUACUUAAAUGUUCAAGAUGAGCCUGAUUGGAUAAAAAUCCUGAUUUUUGCCGUCCUGGGGGGUCUGAGCGGGGUCCUCGCCAUUGUAAUAAUUGCUCUGGCAGUUAAAAUCAGGAAACUGCAGACAGCUGUAAAUGAAGAGCUGCAGCAGGAGAGAAACAAGAACGGGCUGUCGGAUAACCUGACCUACGCAGCUGUCAAUUUCCAAGCAAAACCAAAAAGAAACCGAAGACCGGCAUCUGGAAGAGAAAUGGAACCAAAUGUUGUAUAUGCUGCCACCAGAUGAACUUAACUGGAACUGGUGCAUAUAUAACUGGUGAAUGUAUUAUGUAAUUAUAUAUUAUAUUAUAUAAUGUCCCAUAGUUGCAUUAUGUUUUCACCAAAAUCUUGUAUGAAUGAUGGGAGACUUGGACCACUGCUCUUCUUAAAGAUUCCCAAAGCGGUUCAAGUCUGGACUCUGUGGUGGUCGAUCCUUGUGUGAAAAUCAUGUCUCA